AUGAAACUAAAAAAAUGGUGUGCAAACAACCCAAAACUUUUACAUGGAAUCGCUACAGAAGAUCAAGAAGUAAAUCUCAAUUUUGAUUCCAAGGAAACCCAAUUCACAAAGACGCUGGGUCUUUUAUGGUUACCAAAGUCAGAUUCAUUUCGUAUCAAGGUUAACAGUCGAGACCAUAGUCACACAACAAAACGAUCUAUGAGCUCCGAUUUGGCACACAUAUAUGACCCUUUGGGUCUUAUUGGUCCAAUCUUGGUCACCGGUAAAAUCUUGUUGCAAGGAGCAUGGCAGCUAAAACUCGAUUGGGAUGAUGAUCUUCCGUCAGAAAUACGUAAACAAUGGACAUCGUAUAGAGAAGAUCUGGCCUUGUUGGACAAUGCAACAGUUGUGAGGCACGUAUUCAGCAGUCAAGGCUACAGCCAUGUUGAGCUGCACGCUUUUUGUGACGCCUCAGAAAAGGCUUAUGGUGCAGCAGUAUACAUUAGAACAGUACAAAAGGAUAAAACGAUAAAACUUAAUCUACUAUGCUCCAGAUCUCGUGUAGCACCCAUAAAAUCUCAAACAAUUCCACGACUAGAAUUGUGUGCAGCGUUGCUAGCAGCAGAACCCAUGGCAAGAGUUAAACUUGAUCUAGGCUAUCAAGACAAGGCAACUUACUUUUGGACAGAUUCACAAAUUGUGCUUUCCUGGAUAAACAAUCAUCCAGGCAAAUUACCCGUUUACGUCGCCCACCGAAUUGUAAAAAUACUUCGGUUAACAAUUCCAGAACAAUGGCGUCACGUCCCGUCAAAACAAAAUCCGGCAGAUAUUCUGUCAAGAGGGCUUAAACCACGGAAAUUUUCAUCUUGCUACAUGUGGUUAUAUGGUCCACUAUUUUUAUAUCAGCCAAAGCCGCUGUGGCCAGCUCCCUUCAAAAGGGAAUUAAUUGUUGAAGAUAACACGGUGGUGCUUGCUUUAUCAACACAACAACCUACUAAUGAGCAUACAUGGGUCUACUCGAUUCAUUCAAGAAAUUUAUUUACACAUGUCCAAAAGGUUGUUGGAUAUGUACUUCGUUUCACAAAAAACGCACGGAAACCAAAAGAAUCAAGACCAGAGACCAUGCAGCUUUCACCGAUGGAGCUCGACGUAGCACUUAAGAUAAUAAUACGUCAAAUCCAGGCCUCCGAUUUUUCUGAUCUAAGGAAAAUGCUAGUUAAGGACGAAUUUGUGCCAAAAACUCAUAACCUCAGUUCACUAACUCCGUUCGUAGAUGAAGAAGGGGUAAUACGUGUUGGCGGACGGCUAAGCUCUUCAAAACUACAAUUUGAUGCCAUUCAUCAAAUGAUUUUACCCAGCAACGAUCCACUAGUAAAGUUGCUGGUAGAAAAAAUACAUAAGGACAAUUAUCAUUGUGGCGCCCAAGCAUUGCUGGCACAAGUGAGGCAGCGUUUUUGGCCCCUCAAAGGAAAAAGCUUGAUGAGAGCUGUAAUACAACAAUGCUUAAGAUGCAGAAGAGCAAGGCCAAUUGUGUACAAUCAAAUCAUGGGAAAUUUGCCUGGACACCGUGUGCAACCAGCUCGACCAUUUCUCAGCACUGGAGUUGAUUAUUGUGGCCCAAUAUGGGUUCAUUACAAAACAAGAGGCAAGCGUCCACAAAAGGCGUAUAUCGCUGUCUUUUGCUGUUUUGCAACCAAGGCCGUACACUUAGAACUUGUGACUGAUCUGACCACAGAUGCAUUCAUUGGAGCAUUAAAACGCUUCAUAGCAAGACGAGGACGCUGUAAAACGUUAUACUGCGACAAUGCGACCAAUUUCGUUGGAGCGAAAAACAAGUUGCAGGAACUUACUGACGUCAUCUACGCUGAUCGAGCGAAGGAAUCAAUUGCAGGAAUGUGCAGUACGAAAGGCAUAGAAUUUCACUUCAUUCCACCAAGGUCACCACACUUCGGCGGGCUAUGGGAGGCAGCAGUAAAAUCUGCCAAAUAUUUGCUGGUCAAAAAUGUUUCAACAGCAUCACUUACAUAUGAAGAGCUUGAAACUGUCGUUAUUGAAGUUGAAGCAGUGUUGAACUCGCGACCCCUUAUUCCUAGCUCAUCAGAUGCAAACGAUUUGAACGCAAUAACUCCAGGUCAUUUUUUAAUAGGUGAAGAAAUCACUUCAAGCGUUGAUGUGCAUGCACGUGACUCUAAAGAAAAAUUACUUAAACGCUGGCAACUGGUAUCAGAGCUAAAACACAGUUUUUGGCAGCGCUGGACUAAGGAGUAUCUAAGCGAAUAG